UUUCAUUUUAUGCGUCUCGGGUGAAGCGGUGCCGGGGGAGUCUGAGAGGGUGGCUGAGCAGACACGUAGUAUCUUUACUUUUAUCUAUUAAAGCAGACAGUUGUCUGUUUGUAGAAGUAACUCGUGUUUCUUAGCCAUGCCAAUGUAUUCAAUGAAACCGAUCUCUGUAGGAAGAGACGUCCAGGUGGAGCUGCCCACGUGUAUGUACAAGCUCCCAAACGUUCAUGCAAACAGUGAGGCUGUACCGGAUGAGAACGCAGUCCCAGUGCUUGAAGCAUUGGAAGCCCGUCAGGAAGAAAUCCUUAAGCGUUUGUAUGAACUGAUGGCUGCUGUGGAAGGAAUUUCAAAGAUGGUACAGACACCAGAUGCUGAUCUUGAUGUUACAGAUAUUGCUGAUGUGGAUUGCUCUGCUUCAGAUAGUACAGCUGUUACACAUUUGGAUGAACUUCUGGGCAAGCAUUAUGGAGUCCUUAGAGAUGUUGUUAUCAGUGCCAACCCUUGUAAGCCACCUCUGUCUCUGUUUGUCUUGCAUCGCCUGCUGUGUCGGCAGUACAAGGUGCUAUCAUCCAUCCAUGUGCACUCUUCAGUCAGUUCUGUCCCUGCACACCUUUUGAAGUGUUUUAUGGAACAAACCAGGAGUUAUUCACGUCAGGAGUACCAGCUGGGAAUAACACUAAUUUGGAAAGAUGUAUCCAAGCCUCAAAUGAAGUUCAGUGUCCAGAAUAUGUGCCCCAUUGAAGGAGAAGGCAACAUUGCCCGCUUUUUGUUUUCCCUUCUUGGCCAGAGAUUCAACGCACUAACUUCAACUUUGAUUGACAGCUGGAUUGAUGUAGCUGUUUUCCAGCUAAUGGAAGGGAGCAAUAAAGAGAAAUCUUCUGUGUUGCGUUUGUUAAAUAAUGCCCUGGGUAAAACAUCAUGGCUGGUGGGCAAUGAAUUUACAGUUGCUGAUAUUGUAACAUGGUGUGCAGUCAGAGAGAUGGGUAAAGCCAUUGCUGUUCCAGAUAAUGUUCUUAAGUGGAUGAAUGCUUGUGAAAAUUUAGCACCUUUCAGUGAAGUUUUGCAACUUCUUGGUGCCUAGCUGUUUACAAGUGUCAUCAUUUUUUUCACUGUGAAACUAAAGUGUUUUAUCCUUGUUACUACUGCCGUAGGCAGAGUAGGCAGUUUUUUCUUAUGACAAAACGUACUUGGUUAUUUGCUGUUACAGGAAUUGGAUUCAUUCAGUGUGUUCCACUGUAGCUUGAGCAGACUUACUGGAUGAUAGCAGGAAAGCAGUCAGCUGUCCCUGAGUAUCUCUUGGAUUUGUUUGUGAAAAUAAGCUAACUGUUGGGAACCUGAAAGUGAUAGAUCUGUUUUAGUUCACAGGUGAUAAUAAAAUUAAUCCUAUUGGAGUAUUC